AUGACCUUCAGAUCAUCCAUCUUGAGUACAUGGGUCAUCCUCUUCCAGCCCACUGUUGUCUUCAUCCACAUCAUUGCCCUCAUCAUGCUCCUCCUCAUGAUCCUCCACAUCCGCUCCAAAUAUACCGCCAUCAGCCGGAAGGAAAUCUUCCACUUCUUCUACUUCUAUGCCGUUGUCAUCCUCUCCUCCUUCUUCCUCAACAGUGGACUCAUUCCCUCUAGCUCUAAAAUCUACCCCGGAUCCCUUGUCCCCACAGGACGCUCUCCAGACUACGGUGGCUUCUCAAACAAUAUGGAUAACCUCAUCCUCAGAGAAAUCCACGUCCUCAGCAAACAGGAAUGGGUUAUCUAA